GAAAAGAGCAGAGGAAAGGAAACAAAGCUCUCGCAAGAAGCUUGAAGGAGUUCCCAUGGAAGCUCUUAUUGCUUCCGCUUCCUUCUUCCUCCCCAUCUCCAACUCUUCUUCACUCAUUGUCAAUAACCGAUUAUUCCCUUCUUCUUCUUUUUCUCCCAACAUAAAGUUCGGAAAUUUUCGGAAGAAUCAUCUCUCUUUCUCAUCACACCUUGUAUACUCCUCCUCUGCAGUAUCCGCACCGUCUUCUUCUUCUUCUACUCUCUCCAGAAACACGUAUUGGAUGGUGGUAUUGGAUAAACCUCCACAAGGGGUUUCUUCAAAAUCCGAUAUUGUAGAUUACUAUGUCGAGAUUCUUGCGAAAGUGCUGGGCAACGAAAAGGAUGCGCAGAUGAGUAUAUAUGAUGCUUCCUUUGAUACCCAUUUCGGGUUUUGUUGUCAUAUCGACGAAGAUGCUUCACGCCAGCUCGUGAGCUUGCCUGGAGUACUAUCUGUUAGACCUGAAGCGGAUUACAGCUCAGGGAAUAAGAAUUACGGCAUUGGGAAGCAGGCAGGUGUUUCCUUGUUUGAUCAUGGGACAGUGAAACAUUGGAUGGUACGGAUAGACAAGCCAGGAGUCGGGAUUGUUACUAAAGCACAGAUGGUUGAUCAUUGUGUUCAGUUGUUAUCCAAGGUUUUGUGGAAUGAAAAGGAUGCACAGAUGUGUCUUUAUCAUGUUUCGUGGCAGUCCAAACACGGUUUUUGUUGUGAUCUGGAUGAAACAUGCGCCGAGGAGUUAGCUGGUGUACCUGGUGUUCUUGCUGUUGUUCCGGACAACAAUUUCGAGUCACUAAACAAAGACUAUGAAGGCGAUAAUAGUACACAAGAAGAUUCUAGAGAAAGUUCAGAGUCUCCUCCUGUUAAGACUAAGAAGCUGUUUAUAACUGGACUGUCUUUCUACACAUCUGAGAAGACAUUGCGCGCAGCAUUUGAAGGAUUCGGUGAACUAGUGGAAGUCAAAAUCAUUAUGGAUAAGAUAUCAAAGAGAUCAAAAGGUUACGCCUUUAUAGAGUACACAACAGAGGAAGCUGCCAGCGUUGCACUAAAAGAGAUGAAUGGAAAGAUUAUAAACGGGUGGAUGAUAGUAGUGGAUGUAGCCAAGACCAAACCUUUCAGACACAACAGAAGAGAGACGAGUUCUGAGUUGUAGAAACUAGUUGAAAAGUGACAAAGCUGAUGCCUUUUUGUUCAUCCAUUAUAACAUAGAAUUUUGCCGAUUGUAAUAACAUAAAGACUUUGUCUUUGGUGUUG